AUGCCGCUCAUGAGAACGCUGCUCCUACUGGCUGUCCUUUGCGCACCCACCUCAAGUCUGUGCUUCCGACUGUAUGAAACCGAAUCUAACUUUCUGUGCAGCAACGAGGUCCUCCCUGGAGCUAAGAGUAACGAGCAGCCCAACAACGUACUCUUAGACGGACGGGGCUUCCUCUUUGGUUCCGGAGAGAAUGUCGAUUCGGCGGAAUCUCGCGAAAAAAGGACAUACCCGGCACCUAACUACAGGUUCCUGAGCCACACACAGCUGAGGAGUAAGAUGUACAGGAACAGCGCAAAGGGCAACCGGCGCAGCAAGGUUACUCUCUCCCUAGAUGUUCCGACCAACAUCAUGAACAUCCUUUUCGACAUUGCCAAAGCCAAGAACCUGCGAGCCAAGGCGGCAGACAACGCUCGUUUGAUGGCACAAAUUGGAAAAAGGAAGUGA